AUGGCUCAAACUCGAAUACAAUUAGCUAAAGCUCAAAUGGAAGAAUAUAAAGCUUUAGAAGAUUUUGAACAAAUAGCCACCCCAACCCAAUGGAAUACUCAUUUCUUGUUGAAACCUAAAGUGAAGCUAUGGUCAACUAAAAAUAAAAAUUAUCAAAUACUAUCAAAACGUGUUGAAUUAGAUAUGCCUCCAAAAAUUAUUGAUAAAGUUGAUUUUUCUUUUAAAAUUGAUGAAUCAAUCAUUAAUCAAGAUGAAGCACAAGCCAUGUAUAAUCAAAUGCGUCAAACUACAAAAGAUUUUCGUACUCAAGCAAUGAAAUUAUAUGUUCAAUCAGCUGCUCGCGAAAAUGAAAUCUUAUCGAAUGAAAUAAAAGGUAUGAUCGAAAGAUUUUCGAAUGAAAAUGAUGAUGGAUUUGAUGCUGAACCUGGUUAUGCAGCUUUUAAACAAUAUCAUGAAUUACGAGAGAAAAGAAUGAAAUUAGAAAUUGAACAAUCACUUUAUUUUUUAUUCGAACAGCGAGUCGAGGGCGAAACCAACAAUCCAGAAGAGGAAAUAAUCGCUCCGACUCUAAUACCAAAUAUACGAUUAACUGAAGAAGAACAUCAAGUAUUAAAAUUAGGACCAAAGUUCAUAUUUAAUGAUCCAAAAACAGCAGCUCGGAGACGUUUAACUGAGUUGGCUACUUUAAAACGUAAAAUAGAAAGUUCUUUUUUUCAAAAAAAAGUGAGCCCUGGUCGUCCCCUUCAAGAAUUUAUAGCUGAAUUAGAUGUUCUUCUUCAAACGUUACAUAAUGCUCCAAUAGCAAAUAAAAAUUUAAAUAAGAAUAAAGUAAUGGGAAGUCAAAAUAGUCAAAAUGAUAUUAUUGAAUUAAUAAAUAGUCAAGCAAUUCAAUCACAAGUUUUUAAUAUGGCAAAAGUGAAGAAAAAGAAAAAUUAUGGAAGAUUAGUUAAAAGAUUGAAAUACAAAUUUAAAUUGGCAAAUAUUAUAUUACAGAAAUCCGAUAAAUCUAAAGUAUUCCAUUUAGGUAAAAACGAAGAUUAUAGAAAGAAAUCAAAGGAAUAUAUGGAAAAAACUCAAGCAUAUAAAUGUCUUGGCAAAGAAGAUCCAUUACCUGAUUUAGUGCAACGAACAAAUAAAUAUUUAUUAGAUUUACGAUUAGCCAAGUGGAUUACUCAAAAACAAUAUGAAAAAUUAUGUAUUAAUCCAAAUGAAAGUGUACUUGCUCAUUUAUAUUAUUUACCUAAGGCGCACAAACCUGGUACUCCUCUUCGUCCAAUAAUAUCUGGUCUUAAGCAUCCAACAAUAAAAAUUUCAAAAUUUCUUGAUGAUUUACUUCGACCAUUAUUUGAUAAAAUGGCUGCAAAAACAACUGUAAAUUCAGGCUUUGAAUUAGUCAAACAAUUGCAACAAUGGUCAAGAAUUAAUAUGCGUCAAGAAACCUUAUUUUGUACUAUUGAUGUUAUGGACCUGUAUACAAUGGUGCCACAGACAGAAGGAGUAUUGUCAUUAAAGAAAAUGUUAGAUUAUUUAAAAUUAAAACAAAUUAGUGGUCUUAAAAUUGAAACAAUAAUUAGAUUGAGCCGAUUUGUAAUGAAAAAUAAUUAUUUUUCUUACGAUGGCCAAUUUUAUCAUCAAAUUCGUGGAGGACCAAUGGGGUCUCCUCCUACACUAACGGUUGCUAAUUGCUAUAUGUUCUUUUAUGAACAACAAAUUAUAAAACAAAUCAACAAUAGUGGUGGAUUAUAUUCUAGAUAUAUUGAUGAUAUUUUUAUAGCAAUUAAUUGGCCUGUUCGGCAUUUAUUUAAACAAAUUGAUAAAUGGAAUCAUUUCGACGAAAAUAUUAAAUUAUCUGAAAAUAUAGGUUUAGCAGUUGAUUUUCUCGACUUACAUAUAGAGAAUCAAGAUGGUCAAUUGUUUACUACAGUAUAUGUAAAGCCAU